GGAUAGGCGGAGCUUUGGCUGUUUGAUUUCAACCACCAAUCAGCGAUGAUAGCAAAUCGCGGUUUCUUUAAGUUUGUUGUUUGCUCACCUAAUGAAGAAAGGCGCAUUCAAAAUUGAAUAUAAAACUAUCGAUCACAAGGGGUGUGUUUUGAUGAAAGGGGCAAGUAUUCAGCGAACAUUUUGGUUUAGCCAUUGUGUAUUAAUAUCACUUUCACCCUUUUAAUUCCAAAGGCGAUACAAAAGGCGUGAAAAAUGCCGAUGGUAUUGCGCCCUAGAAAAUCAAUGUACCGCAGUGAUGGCGACGAGGAGAUGCAUAUAACAACAACAGAAACGAGGCAGUCGUCCCGCCUGCAAGAGAGACCCACGUAUACGGAGUCAGACGACGCGGACUCGGACGCUGUGCAGAGCCAAGUGAUGGAGAGACUGCAGUCUGAUGAGGAAGAAGAGGAAACUGUGGAGGAGACAGAAACGGAAGUGAAGCAGUGCAGUGUUGUGCUGGACCGUCUCCAUGUUCAUGAUAAGGCUUCCAAAAGAGAACCCGAAGAGAGAGAUGACAUUACCCGCAAAAGUGCAAAGCCUGCUUCCCGCAUCCCGACUUUCCAUAAGCGGCCUGGCACUGUGAGCGCAGAGGUGCCUGUGUCCAAAAAAGAGCUUCUGCUCCCAGUAAUUCAGCCUGCUGAGAAGCCCACUAGUGUCUUUGUGGACACAUCCAAGUCCAAACUACCUGAUGUUCGAGAAAAAGCUCAUCCCCAGGCAUCAGGCCGCAUCCCCAGACUUGGCGUUGAGGCACCCACAGAACAAACAGCUGUGGGGUCUACACCCAAAUCAUCCAUGUUGUCUGAGGGGGUGCAGCAUGGUCUUUUCACGGCGAGCCCCAGGCCUGCCCUGAGAGCAGAGGAGGGCCUCUAUCAAGACCAAUCCCAAAGCCAGUGCAGCAAAUCCAGAGAGACUGAUGGCCUCUUAGGUCAGCUUCCAUGUGUGGACUACCUCAACCUAAAUAAUCCUCAGGAAGAUAUACCACAAAGGCCUUAUGUCGGGACCGAGGGAAAUAUUUCCCCGACCAGCACAGAGUCCACAGAGGACGCUUGCGUGCCUGAUGUUAGCCACACAGAAGCUAUUGUGAAUGAACAACCACCGUGGGAACAUCCACACACACCAGAGGCAGACGACUUGAGGUCUUCGUCGGAUGUCGACAGCGAGGAUGAAUUUGCGAUAGAUGAUUCCGGAGACGCAAAAGACCACAAUGAGCUGCACGUAACGACCUGGACAGAAGCUGAGGAUGUCUCACAGGAAGAAGUAGACGAUGACGAGGCAGUCUGCCUCGCAGCAGCAGAGAAGCCUGUCGCCGCUUCAUCCAUCAAGCCAACAAAAGGAUCAGGAUGUCCUAGCUUCGCCCUCUGCUUCUUGCUGCCGGCUACUCUGCUGCUGCUUGGGAUGCACGCUUGGCACUUUGGCCUUCCCACGUCCGUCAGCCAGCUUGCUGCUCAGAUGGAGCUGCACUGGCUGGAGGGUGUGGGCCUCAUGGCAGAACCAUGUAGCAGGGAUUGUCGAGUUCAUCUGGUGGAGAGCAUACCCGUGGGUCUGUACCCAUCCAGCCCAUUACCGCAACAGAGCACAGCCACCAGCUGGCUCAGGCUGCUGGACAAGGCCAACAGCUCAGUCAGCAUCGCCGCUUUCUACGUGUCACUGCGGAGCAGCCAAGUGGAGUUUGCUCCCCUGGACACUCAGGGCAGGAGGGUCUUUGAGCGGCUUAAGCAACUCCUUUCCAAAGACGUGAAGCUCCGCAUGGUUGUUAACAGCCCUCAGAUUGUGAGUCAAGACACCGGGGAGCUGGCUGCAGCAGGUGCAAACAUCAAAGAGUUGGAUCUGAAGUCUUUAACUGGAGGCAUCGUCCACACCAAGAUGUUGGUGGUGGAUCAGAAGCACCUCUACUUGGGUAGCGCCAACAUGGAUUGGCGCUCUUUAAGUCAGGUGAAAGAGGUGGGCUUGGUAGUGGAGGACUGCAGCUGCCUGGCUCAAGACGCCUCUCGUAUCUUUGAGCUGUACGCGAGCCUCAAUGGUUCCUUGCCACCAUAUUGGCCUGCUCGCUUUACUGCCCUGUCCAGCUCGCAGCAUCCUUUGCAUGUCAACUUCAAUAGAGUCGCUGCCCAAGUCUAUUUAUCUAGCUCUCCCCCACAGAUCUCAGCCCGUGGACGCUCUGACGAUCUCACCACCAUCCUGUCCGUCAUUGAUGAUGCUGAGAAAUUCAUCUUCAUCUCCGUUAUGGACUAUCUUCCUUUGUCAGAGUUCACCAAACCACUCAGGUUCUGGCCCGCCAUUGACUCAGCCGUGCGUGCGGCAGCCUGCGCUAGAGGCGUGAAUGUGCGCCUCCUGGUUAGCUGCUGGGAGAACUCGCCUGCCGCCAUGUUCAUAUUCCUGCAGUCGCUGGUGGUGCUCAACAGGCCUCCACUUAAAUGUAACAUUGAAGUGAAAAUCUUCACAGUCUCUUCAACCGCGGAGCAGAUGAAGAUCCCUUUCGCUCGAGUCAACCACGCCAAGUACAUGGUGACAGACAGAGUCCUCUACAUCGGCACAUCCAACUGGUCUGAGGCGUACUUCACUGAGGUGGCUGGAGUGGGCUUGGUGGUGAACCAGACGGACUCGGAGGUGCAAGAAGGACAGCAGACGCUACAGAGCCAAGCAGAAGCGCUCUUCCUCAGAGACUGGAGGUCCCAUUACGCCAGCUCACUCUCGGUCGCCGACGUCAGGGUGUGUCCUCGCAGGCCACACUGAAUUAUCUCGCUCGCUGCCUUUCCAACGUCUUCUCUUUGCAGACCUGCCAACAUGCACGCAUUUUGACCUGAAUACGCUCUGCUGCUCUCCAGGUUCGCAUUUUGUUGCAUUUCACUGGAUUCAGCAUCGAAUUCAAACCUGGAUAAAGGUCCUGUGUUGAGGCAUGCUACACCAGCUCGCUCCUCCCCCUACAAACACUCGUGUAGCAUGAUGUAAACGUCCAAAAACAACAUAACCUCGUAUACGACAUUGUGGAAAAUUCUUUCCUGUGUUUAUACAACUCGUUCAGACAUAUGCAGCCCACUCUACAGCGAACGCUUUCUCCGAUUUCAAAUUAAGAUUUGCAGUAAAAGUGUCUGUUGUAACACAUCGAUUAGUUCCAGCUGCAAUAACACGUUCCUUCUCUCUUUAAUUACUAAUGUUCACUCACAAUGAGGAGCUAACAAGCUAAAUAGUAGAGAGUUGUGGUUGCUGUAUGAGCAGGGGUAUCCAAAAUACCGCCGAGGGGGCACUUGCGUCCCGUGGCUCAUUGUAAAAAAAUUUUAAAAAUUAAAAAAUGGGGGAAAAAAGUGCAAAAGACACAAUACAAUAAGGUUGAACUGUUGAUAGGAAUAAAUAAUAGAAAGCUUUGUCUUUUAGUAUAUCUAAAUAUAAAUAUAGUUGACUUUUUUUUUUCAAAAAUAUUGAAGUGGCCCCCGAUUAGGGGUGAUGAAAAUGUCUGAAGGGGGCCUAUUCCGCUUUUUCUCUUUUCUGACCUAUAAAUGUUGUUGCAAUGUUGUAUUCUCGUGUUUAAACGAUGACAACACGUCAGAUAAUGAGGUUUGCGUAUUUGGAAGUAAGCCUAGAAAGCAGUUUUGGACGGCUCUGCACGCUGUUGUUUUACAGUGUUAUUUUUAACACUGAGGUCUACUGACGUCAACGCAACGCGGACUUCCUUUUAUUGGCAUGCCCAGCCAUGCCUGCUCACCAUAUUAGCACGUCGAGCAAUGGCUCCCAGGACAGGUUUGUUCAGGUGUGCCUAAAGAGGCAAGCGUCAGGCAGAAGUGGUUGAGUUGCCGAUUUCCCAGCCAGCAAGAUUCAACGGCAUUUCACACGGGACUGUUUUGUGAACGUGGGCCAAAACGAAGCUGGACUAUCCGCCAAACUGUUGCUGAAGUCCGACGCCUUUCUAACUUUGUCGUGUUGAAGAGUCAGAAGAGCAAGCUGUCAGUAACAAUUUAUCAGUGUCCUGUGUUUGUGUAAGUAAUCUGACAAAAGGGGUUCAGCAGCUGUCCGUAAGUCCUCUGGAGCAAUUGGGAGUGUGACCAAUCACUGCGGAGUCGGCUCGGCGGGAUGCGUACCGGGCCGAGAGUAGAGUAAAUUACAGACCUUUUGGGCGGGAGGCAGGAAACACUGCAGGAAGAGGUGCAGAGUCUGGAAGAUUUAGAAAGCGUUCUGUGUGGGGUAUCGUGUGUGGCUGCUCUACAGGAGUCCAGAACUCAAUACAAAGGCCAGAAAAUUAGCAUAAUAGGUCCCCUUCAAAAGAUUGGCAAGUGUGUCUUUGCGAUAUCAGCUUGCUGACUUGCUUUUUUUAUUGCAAUUGCAAUUUUUUGUGUGCUGGCAAUGCGUGUGUGUAUAUUUGCCAUUUUAUGACUGCUUUUGAAAUCUUAUUUUUAUACAGUUUUUGGUGAGUGCUAUUGAACUAUCUGAUUUGUACAUUUUGGUUUUUUUCUCUUUCUUGGAGCAAUUUGUGUAUGUUCAGCACUGAAUCCUCAAUCAGUAUAUGCUUCCAAAGACCCGUAACGUGGAACAAAACAUCCUCAAUUUUCACAACUGGAAACUGUCAUUGCUAUCAUUAACGUACGUGUUUUAUCGUGCAGUUGUGCUCAAAUAAAGGACUGUUUGACACCUUUUAGGCUGACAAUGGUGUUUGUAGAGCCUGCUGUGUCUAAUAUCUUGCUUAAACACUUAAAUGUAGACUUUGAAAACACUGCAGGAAUUGAUGCUUGCCCUGAUCCAUACAGGCGUACGGAGGCUAAGCUACUGGGUUUCAUUUUGAAUUUCCAGAAAAGAUGGAUCAGC